GUUCGAAUUUGUAUCUUAUUGAGCGAAAACGGGCUAUUGCCCAAGGAGCAAGGGUCGAGAUCCUGACCACUGGGGAUUCAACGAUUUGGGAUGCCACAAGCUUUCCAUGGUUUGCGAAGUCUUCAUAA